ACAUUGCUCAUGUAAAGUCUUUCAAAAAGUAUGACUUAUUAAAAAUGAAGGAAGACUCAUGCAAUACCUUUUGGAUGAAGGACGUUGAAAACUUUACAUUUUGACACCUCUGAGAGUUGCACAUAAGUGGCAGGAAGAGGCCACAAAAAAGUAUGGCAAAAUCACGCUCAAAAUCACCGAGGUGGAAAUCCAGGCCACCCCCAUAUAGAAGUCCAGAGCACAAUAGACACAGACAUUUUCAAGAGCAUUACCAAGAUGGUGAAGUUUUUCAUAGAGACCUCAAGAGACCUAUACACUGGGAAGAAGAAAGGCAUGGACAAAACAAUUCCAGGAUGACUCCAUAUAAACGCUUUAAUGAUAAAGGCUAUAAGCCGGAUUCAUUUUCUACAGACUUAAGGAAGUCACCCUUUGAAUCAUUUCCUAAACGAAUGCAUUCACCAGAUAGGCGAGGAGAUGGCAAUAGAAGAUUUCCUACAAAAUAUCCUGAGGAUCAUAAUAAACAUGGCCACAGAGAACACAGAGAUUAUCGCCAGAGAAAUCCAGAGCCUAUUGCACAUACUCAAACAAAUGGUUUCAAACCUGCAAGACGAGAGGACACCCAUCACAGAGAGGACACCCAUCACAGAGAGGACACCCAUCACAGAGAGGACACCCAUCACAGAUCUUACCACAGAGAACAUGAUAGGGAUUGGCAUGACCAUGAUCAUUGGAUUCAAGAUCGUACAGAUCCCUAUUUACCACCACCCAGCAGAAGAUCUGAAGAAUUUAUUGAUCGAAACUCAUUUCACAAGAGGCAAUCUGAGGGUCGUGAUUACAGAGAACAUGAACCACUGUCUAAGAGAGCUAGAGAACCAGAUAGACAUGACUACUGGCCACCACCAAGACCUUCUCACUGGAAUGAUGAUCAUACUUCUCGGCCAUAUGACAAGGGCUGGUCAAAAGACAUAGAUAUCAGAGAACCCAGUCCUGUAGUCUACCAGACUCAUUCGGGAAAACUUACCAAGAUAGAAUAUGAUUAUAGUCAUCGAUCGCCCUCAUAUGUACAUGCUGAGCCACAAUUUUCUGAUGACCGUGCUGAGAGGCACAAUCGCUGUGAAGAAAAGAAAAACUUUCCUACCAAAACUUCCCAGAACAACAGAUCACAAAUGAGUAACCGAGAAAGGGGGAAACUUCCUGAACUACCACUAGAACAGUCUACAAAAUACAGUGAAAGAAAAGCUCCUGAUAGGGGAGACAUGUUCAAAAUGGAUAACAAACACCAAAUUUAUAAGCACAAGGAAAGUGGAAGAAAAGCUGAAUACAGGAGGGAACCAAGUUCUAAACGUCACUUGGAUAACCAUAGUCCAAAAUCAUCUGACCCAACCAUAAUCCCGAAGAUUAAUUGUGAAAAGGAAUCUAUUAUGGCUAAUUUGGAUUUGAAGAAAUCUGUGGAUAAGUAUAGAGAACCUCAUGAACACUGGAAUAUCUCCAAAGACAUUCAAGCAAAGCCUGAAAUACCUCAAGGGAAGAGGCAUUAUGAUCCCAAGAGAUCUGAAAAGGAUCUUCCAAAGAGCAGCAGUACCACUUCCAGUGAGAGACAAAUGUCUGAAGACCUGGUUGCAGUAGGUGGGAAAGAUGCUUUUCAGCCCAUGUUUGAUCAUCUAAGUUCUCCAAAGCAAGGAGGAACUAAUGCUCCAAGCACUGAAUUUACUCAGGAAAUCAUAACCAUCAUUCAUGAAGUGAAAGCAAACCAUUUCAAGUCUCCCGAAAUGUCGCUCCAUGAACGUUUCUCCAAGCUGCAAUCUGAAAGCAAUAAGGAAGAGUUGAACCGUAGCAAACCCCCAGCACAGCCCAAUCCAGAGAUCCACAGAAGAAUUGAUAUCUCCCUGGAAGAUCUUCACAACAAGAAGCUUCACAAAACUGAAGUCACGCUGGUCAGCCAUAGAGUGAUUGAAGAUCCUAAUGAUUUGCGACAUGAUAUAGAAAGGCGAAGGAAGCAGAGACUGCACAGCGAGGAGGACAGCGAUGCCAUUGUUGGCUUUUGUGACAGUGAUGCUCCAGGCAGCUAUUACAAACCACACAAUAAUGAAACUGGAGAAUUUCCGAAAAUGUCAAGAGGGGGCAGAGCACCAUUCCAAAAGUUACCAGGGAGGCCUCUGGGUUCAAGCUACAGAGGAAACUCUCAGCAAUUCUUCUCUUCAAGGAGCCAUUUUGAACAUUCAGAUGAGGUCAAAAAGCCUUACAAGGGAUGGAAGACCUCAGCCACAAGGAUGUGACCUACUUCCACAAGCUUCAGGAAGACUCACUAGAUAUUGUAGAUAUUUGACUUUCCAGGGCUUCAUUAAUAGUAUUGGCACUAUAUGAAAAGAAAAACAAUAGUCUUGAUAAAAAUUAUAAAUAUAUAUAUAUAUACUAUUUUCUCAAUAGUGGAUUGCUGCACAAAUUUUGUACGGUUUUCACAGUUUUUUAAUGACCAUGUUCAGAUGGUAUAUUGCUAAUUUCUCAUUACCAUUUUUUGCAAGAAUAAAAUGCAAGGCUGUAAAAAAAAAAAUUAAAUAAAAAAAAAAGUGUUGAAAAAAAGACUACCAGACGGGGCGGUGGGGUGUCGUAUUUAUUACACCUUUUCCUCAAGAAAAGCAUGUUUUAUUUUUGUUUCUGUCAGGUUUUUGUUUGUUUUACGUUGAGAAAGUUGUGUAUUCAUGUAAUAAAG